AUGUUACACGAAAAACUUGAAGAAUAUAACAGUGCCUUUGAAAAAAUCAUGGAAGAGCUUGAAGAGCCUGAAAUGCCAGAAGAUCCAAAAAGUUUUGUCCCAUCAACAACAGACAAAACCCCCAAAAAAAAUCAAAGUGUUGCAGCCCUACCAACCCCAAUUGCUUCAAGACCAAGCAAUGCUCAGGAGGUUCAAGGAGACCAACAGACUCUAGUGGCAGCCAGUGAACAUCUGGUUGCACUGCAAAACAAAAUGGACAGCUCAUCAAAGAUUGUGUUAGAGGGUCCAACUAAGGAAUCCAUCAGGCGGAUUGAAAAUACAGUGUCUGAUAUUUUAACUUCCAUGGAGAUCAUUAAAAAGACUAUUGCAGAUAGAACUUUGCCGGCAGGAUCUAUGCCAGCCAAUAAUGUGCAUAGCUCUUCCAAUGGUCAAUUUGCACAUAGAAUGAGAUCUUCAGAUGUAUCAUUCAAAGGCACAGAUCCUAAAAAAAUAGCAGAGAAUAACAGCAGACCUGGAUGGGAUUUGACUUCCAAUUUCCAUAGUAGUUAUAACUAUGUGUUGGCAAAGUCUCUGCUGACUUACUUGCAAGGACAAGGGAACAUACUUACCAGUGAUGUAUUAAUGUCGAAAAUGGCAGAUAUAGUGAUGAACCACUUUAGCAACCAGCAGAAAGAGUCCAGAAAGUCAGAGGAGGAAGGCAAUAAGAAGAGACAGAAAAGCAGAAGAUAUCAGAGAACAGCUGUUAAUGCAACAUAUGGGAGACACAAAGCUGCUAUCAACAGAAAGUUUGGAAACGUCAAUUGUAGCUUUGCCUUUCAGAAAGAUGUAUUUUCUGAGAGGCAUUCAGACAAUGAAGAUAGCUUGACUAUGUUCCAGCCGAGCUAG